AAUGGCUUAGGUUAAUAAGAGGAAGCAAUCUAAAUCUUUGGAUGAUAGUGAAGUAGCAAUAAACAAAUUAAGUGAUAGUAUAGGGUGAAGCAGUGUAAGGUCGGUGGAUAAAGGAGGAGCAUUAGAGAUUCGUAGAGGCAUUGAGCCUACAUGGGAAGAAUUGGAAGAAAGUUGAGGAAUAUGUUGGUACAAGAAGUGGAGCAUAAAUCAGGUAUUUUGUAUACGAUAGUUUCAUCAGAUCUCAUGCUCAGAAAUUUUUCAAUCGUUUAGAGAAAGAAUUCAAUUAAUAAUUUAAUGGACUGAAAAGUUCAGAGAUUAAGGAAAUCUUUGAAAACAAGAAGUUUCAUUAAUUUUCUGAAGGAGAUUAAAUGCAAAUGAAAUAGAAGAACAACUCUAUCAUGGGUAUGACAUCAUAUUUUUAUAUUUAUUUUUAGAUGUAUCCGACGAUGAAGUCCAGAUUAAUGUGGAGUCUAUGCAAGUGGAAUCCAACCAAUAAUAGCAACAAAUUAAAGCCCAAUUGCAAUAAGGUAUUCUAGACCUCAAUCUGCCUGACUCCCAAACUCAUAAUCCUACUAAAGAAUAAGUCACGAAAUAUUAGCAAUAAUAAAGGAAAAUUCAAAAAAAACUCCAAGAUGUUUAAGACAUGAAUCAACUACCAGAUGAACUUCUUAAAGAAAUUUGUAAUCUGCACAAAGAAAAAGGACAGAUCAUGGCUAUUUAACAGAUUCAAAGCGCCUAUCAAUCCAUCUCAGAAGUCAAUCUGAAUGAUGAUUUGCAGAAUCAACAAAUAACUUAAGAAUAGAAGCAACCCUCCACCCUGGAUCAAGAUAACAAUUAAGAAUCCAGACCAGGAAAUGAUGAGUCCUUUUUUCAUUUUAUCAUGUAUUCAAUACCUCAUUAAAAUCCAGGGCCAAAAUUUCCAAGUAUUUAAAGAAUAGGAAAUUGAGUUUAUCUGAUUUAAUAAAUGUACCUAAAUCUGAAAAAGAGAUCCAAUUAGAUUCUCAGCCACAAAAAUGUGAUCAAUAGCAAGAGGCUGAGGGACAAAGAAGUAGAAAACAAUCAUUUACUUUUUAUAACGAUUAAGACGAAGAUAACGAAGCUCGAUAUUAGAAUCUUAAGAAAACUAAAAAAGAUUGAGAU